UUGCAGACAUAACAUUGGUGAAACGGUGACACGUGGAAGAUAGCUGAGGAAUUGACACGUCGGAUUUUGUCGUUCUAAACAACCUCUGCAUUGUAUCUAGUAUAGAUUAGUAUUCCCAAACAGGCUAAAAGGUAAAUCACUGAAUUGUAACCUAACAAGAAAGAAUCAGCCAUCAGUGAUAGAUCGGAGGCAGAAGCACUGCACACUAUCGGUCCCAUUUCCACGGUUCCUUCAGAAUCAGACAAAAUGGCGGAUCCCUCCGGCGCCGCCGUCUCUGCCAGAACCCCAAUCACCCACGUCGUUUUUGACAUGGACGGUCUCCUUCUCGACACAGAGAAGUUCUACACUGAAGUUCAGGAGCUUAUACUCGCUAGAUAUAACAAAACAUUUGAUUGGUCCCUCAAGGCAAAGAUGAUGGGAAAUAAAGCAAUAGAAGCUGCUAGGGUCUUUGUUGAAGAGACUGGAAUUAGUGAUUCUCUCAGCGCCGAGCAAUUUCUCGUAGAAAGAGAGGACACGCUGCUGAAACUGUUUCCAACAAGUGAUCUCAUGCCAGGUGCUAGCCGUUUACUCAAGCAUCUACAUGCAAAAGGAGUUCCAAUUGCUUUGGCAACUGGUUCUCUUAGGAAGCAUUUUGAAUUGAAAACUCAAAGACAUGGUGAACUAUUUUCUUUGAUGCAUCAUGUUGUUGUUGGUGAUGACCCUGAAGUUAAACAUGGCAAACCAUCACCGGAUGUAUUUCUUGCAGCAGCCAAGAGAUUUGAGGGUGGACCAGUAGAUCCUUGUAAAGUACUUGUUUUUGAAGAUGCGCCCGCAGGAGUUCUUGCAGCUAAGAAUGCUGGGAUGUCUGUUGUUAUGGUUCCUGAUGCAAGGUUGGAUAAAUCUUUACAUGCUGAAGCAGACCAAGUUUUGAACUCACUGUUGGAUUUCAACCCAUGUGAGUGGGGUUUACCUCCAUUUGAAGAUAAUGGAAGCUGAACUUGGGUUUCCAUUACUGUCUUACAAUCCCGUUGAGAAAAGGCGUUACAGCUUUUGAACAGCUAAAUGUAUGAUUAAUUAAUCCAUUUCCAUAGAUUUUCAGUUACAUUAUUUGAUAUUUAUAUUCUUGUGCUUGGCAAUAGUAUAAUGUUACUGCAAUCAAUGUCAGCUUGAGACAUUAGUCAUUUUUUUUGGUCAACUAGAGAGUCGAUAUAUGUUUACCUUUC